GUGUGUGUGUGUCGCAUUGAUCAUGAUGGCGGCUGAUCUAGUGCGAGCGUGGACCGACGAGCAGCUCAAGACUGAAGAAGUGCCGAAGAAAGAGCUCAUCAAAUUCAUCCAGGAUAACGGAGCACACUCGUUUCUAGCCGAACACAAACUUCUUGGAAACAUCAAGAAUGUGGCAAAGACGGCCAAAAAAGAGCAACUUAUCGAAGCGUAUAACCAACUGUUUGAGAGCAAGAGGUUUAAAGGCACAGAAGUGGAACUGGUGACGGAAGAGGUUCAAGCUGUUAAAAUCCACGACAAUCCCAAAGAUAUCAAGACAGAGACGGUGGAUGAGGGUCCUCCGAAGUUCACCAAGUCCAUCCUGAAGAAAGGAGACAAGACCAACUUCCCGAGGAAGGGCGACACCGUGAGCUGCUGGUACAGCGGGACGCUGGAGGACGGGACCGUCUUCGACACCAACAUCCCCGCCUCUGCAAAGAAGAAGAAACAGUCCAAACCGCUGAGCUUCAAGGUCGGACUGGGCCGAGUGAUCCGAGGGUGGGAUGAAGGUGUGCUGACGAUGAGUAAAGGUGAAACGGCGCGGUUGGAGAUCGAGUCGGAUUGGGCGUACGGGAGGAAAGGCCUUCCAGAUGCAAAAAUCCCACCGAACGCAAAGCUGAUAUUUGAGGUGGAGCUGGUGGCUAUUGAUUGAUCGUCGGGAACCAUGUGACGGCGGUUUGGAGGGAACGUUUGUUAGGACAUGUUCAUUAUUAAUCAAGUUAUUUCAGCCUGACAAAGAGAAGUUUUCUGACUAUUUUUGCAUGAUUGUAAAGCAAUAAAAAAAACAAACCCUGAACAA